AUGGACCAGGGACACGAUGAGCCAGAUGACAACAAGCCAGCGCGUUAUAUGGCAGACACACAUCGUUUCCCAGGAGGGGAAUACGACAGCCAGGGGUCCCAGUUGGAACCCAUUAGCUCGGCCUUCGCCUCCGGACACACACAUGCUCUUUGUUGGUCACCGCUCACACACAUGCCCUCCCAGCCCUGCUCCACAACCAGGGAGCAGUACCUGGACCAUGGGACCAGGAGCAGGUACCUGGACCAUGGGACCAGGAACAGGAGCAGGUACCUGGACCAUGGGAGAGGAGCAGGUACCUGGACCAUGGGAGAGGAGCAGUACCUGGACCAUGGGAGAGGAGCAGGUACCUGGACCAUGGGAGAGGAGCAGGUACCUGGACCAUGGGACCAGGAGCAGGUACCUGGACCAUGGGACCAGGAACAGGUAACUGGACCAUGGGACCAGGAGCAGGUAACUGGACCAUGGGACCUGGAGCAGGUAACUGGACCAUGGGACCAGGAGCAGGUACCUGGACCAUGGGACCAGGAGCAGGUAACUGGACCAUGGGAGAGGAGCAGGUACCUGGACCAUGGGACCAGGAGCAGGUACCUGGACCAUGGGACCAGGAGCAGGUACCUGGACCAUGGGACCAGGAGCAGGUACCUGGACCAUGGGACUAGGAGCAGGUGCCUGGACCAUGGGACCAGGAGCAGGUACCUGGACCAUGGGACCAGGAGCAGGUACCUGGACCAUGGGAGAGGAGCAGGUGCCUGGACCAUGGGAGAGGAGCAGCUACCUGGACCAUGGGAGAGGAGCAGUACCUGGACCAUGGGAGAGGAGCAGGUGCCUGGACCAUGGGACCAGGAGCAGGGACCUGGACCAUGGGACCAGGAGCAGGUGCCUGGACCAUGGGAGAGGAGCAGGUACCUGGACCAUAGGACCAGGAGCAGGUACCUGGACCAUGGGAGAGGAGAAGGUACCUGGACCAUGGGAGAGGAGCAGGUGCCUGGACCAUGGGAGAGGAGCAGCUACCUGGACCAUGGGAGAGGAGCAGGUACCUGGACCAUGGGACCAGGAGCAGGUACCUGGACCAUGGGAGAGAAGCAGUACCUGGACCAUGGGAGAGGAACAGGUACCUGGACCAUGUGA